AUGGAUUUAUUGCACCGUUGCAUUGUUGUGAUAUUCAUCGUAUGGUCAUUUAUUACUAAAAGUAUGACUGUAAUUGGUGAUGAUAGUGAAUAUGAUUAUUUGGAUGAUGAUCUGGAUGAAAACCCAAAACCCGCAAAUGUCUUCUGGAGUGAUGUUUUAGAUGGUGAACAGCUCAACGAAAGUAGCGAUUCUUCCAGUGUUACUGUUAAGGUUGACAGGCGUAAUUGCAGUACAGAAGCUUUCAUUAUGGAUAAGUUAUUAAAUGGUACCGGCUAUAAUAAAUAUCGCCUACCAUGUAAGUAA